AUGAAUAGUGAGGAAAACCGGGUGUGCAGUUCCACCACGAACGCAUUGCCUAAUCAGAUUCGAUCGCGUUUUUCCAGUGUGCACGCACCGAGACUGUGCAUUAGUGACCCCAUGUGUGUUGGAAAGUGUGGUGAUGCGGAUGGCGUGGAGGAGGAAGUCGAAAAUUGUGGACGUCUGCUCUCUGCCGAAGAGUCUUGGCCGUCUUCCCUUCAUCAUAACGUCGCUAACCCAUUGAAUUUUAGGCUUGUCGCACGUUCUCGUCCGGACUCGAAAGACAAACUUCACCGUUCAAGUGAUAGUUAUUCAAAGUCUCCAGAUCCGGUUUUUCUACCUGAACCACCGAAGCUGCGUCGAGGAUUAGCCUACUUGGAUUUUGAGGAUGGUGACUGCGAACCGGACGAAUAUUUGUAUAGUCCCGUCAACGAUUGCUUGCUCGAGGAAAAAAUGCGAGGAAUGAUGCAUGAACACAAACCGGGACGGCUGACAAAUCGUUUCUACUCCCGUACAAACCGUAUGUCCAAUCCGCAGAUUUCAGCUCGAUACACUGAUUUAGGGGACGAUUCAGAUUCGACCACAGACUCAUUUGAUGAGCACGCGGAUGACGGCGAAAAAGCUGGUUACGCUUUCGAAAACACCUUAAUAUGUGAUCACCUGCCUAGUGGAGAUCUAUUUCACCAGUUUGCUCCUUACAAAUCCACCAAAAUGCCUAUGCUUAAACACCAAGUGUCC